CCACCACCCUCUUCCACCAUCCAUGUCCACCACAACAAUCCUCCACCCUCCAUCACGUCAACACUCCACCACGCACCAUCACCUCCCACUAUCAAACCCUCCUCCUCCGCUGUCAUCAGCCAGGCCCGCGGGGAGGGGACCCCGGGAGGGAGACACGGGGCAGGCGGGGGGAGUGAGCGAGGCAGAGAGAGAGAGAGAGGAGAGAGGGGGGGAGAGGCAGGGAGCGUGCUGGCUGUGAGAUCUCCGCUCUCCACUUCCGUCCUCCGCGCUCCCCUCCCCUCCUCCCGCAUCCCCCUCCCUCCCUCCGCUUCUUCCUUCCUUUUUUCCUUCCCUCGGUCCUUCCUCGCGUCCUUCGUGCAGCCCUAGGAGCGGCAAGAUGGAGCAUACGGCCAGCGCGACUACAUCAGCAUCAGCAACGGCGACGGCGGCACCAUCAUCAGCAGCAGCAGCAUCAUCAGCAGCAACAACAACAGCGUGAGGAAGAGACGCGGGGAGGGCAGUAGCAGCAGAUCAACAACAUAGCAACACAGCGGACAGCAAGGCAACCCGGACAGUCGUGUGCCUUGUGUCCUCCAGCCGUGAGCUCGGAGGUGGGGAGACCGAGACCUGCACUCCUCCUCACCAUCAACCUCAUCCUCGUCCUCGUCAUCAUCUGGCCGUGGAGGCCGAGAGAGAGAGGCAGAGAGGCGAGCGAGGCGGCCAGCUCCGAGCCAGCCCCGCCGGGCGCCCCCCGAGAAGAUGAGAGCCGCGGCCGCGUGAAACAUGAGCGAAGAGCUUCUUCCAGAUGACGAGAACCACAUUGUCCGCGUGCGCGCAGUGGUGAUGACGAGGACGGACGAGGGCUGGGUGUCGCUGGCCGGCGGCGGCCUCAGCCAGGUCAGCAUCUCCCGCCUCCUGCAGCUCGACGAGAACGGCCGCAGCGACUUCCUAGUGCGCGGGGAGCGCAUCGGGGAUGGCCUGGUCUUGCUCAAGUGCUUUCUGAAGAAGAACCUGGUGUACACGGUGGCUUCUCCGACUUUCCACCACUGGAUGAUCGACGACAAAAAAUUUGGGCUCUCCUUCCAGACGCCGGCCGACGCGCGCGCGUUCAACCGCUGCGUGCGCAAGGCCAUCGAGGAUCUCGCCGAAGGCUCCACCACAUCGUCGUCAACCAAUCAGAACGAGGCUGAAAUUGGAGGGGACGACGAUGUGUUUUCGCCCAGUGUGGAAGGCACUUCUCCCGCCCUGGCGAAGAAGGACGGGGGAGGGAAGGGACAUCAGGCGACGGCGCGCGGCAAGCUGGGGCGGCACGUGAGCUUCCAAGACGAGGACGAGGAGGACGAGGCGGCGCAGGGCAACGCGCCCGAGGAGCGCGGCCUCAUGGGAGUGCGCGGCGGCUACGACGACUACCGGGACGCGGCGGCGCGCAAGCGCGACCUGCAGGCGCUCCAGGGCCACUACGUGCAGGUCGGCUGCAAGGGGGACGGCAAGAAAGCCGAGUACGAGCGGCCGCGCGGCAGCCCCGGCGAGGCCGAGGCCGAGAAGGAGGAGCGGGGCUCCGGCCGCUUCGGCAAGGUGCCGGCGGCGCACCACCCGCAGCAGCUGCAGCUGUGCGAGCAGCAGCUGCCGCAGCAGCAGCAGGCGCGCGAGGAGGAAGGGGUCGCCGGCGGCGGCGGGGUGCUGCGGUGCAAGUACUGCCGCGCGGCGUUCGACCCGCCGGGUAACCGGCGCGGGGGCUGCCCGGACGCGCCAGACCCUGCCCGUCGCUGCGUGACGGCGCUCAGUUGCAUGUGCGCCGCGGAGAGCAUGCUGUACCACUGCAUGGCCGACCCCGAGGGGAACUACUCGGACCCCUGCUCGUGCGAGACGGGCGGCCACGAGAGGUUCGGCCUGCGCUGGGCGGCGCUGGUCGCGCUCUCGCUGCUGGUGCCCUGCCUGUGCCUGUACCCGCCGCUGCAGGGCUGCUACACGUGCGGGAAGGUGUGCGGCUGCUGCGGGGGCAAGCACAAGGCGGCGGGCUGAAGGGAAAGCCGCAGGCCGUAAGCCGUAGCUUUGGAAGUCUUUCGGAAGCCUCGUGAAAAUAGAGAAGGCUCCGUUGAUUAGCCUCCGGUUUUAGCCGGGCGAGUUUUCCGCGCUGGCGAGCGCGUCGGCCACUUACGGUAGUUUGUUCCGGCUUUCGGCGACGGGCGAGUCCGAGGGUUGGUCGCAGUCGGAUGGGGAUGGUCCACUCGCGCUCUGAUGGUUACACAAAUAGGGUGUAGUGCUCAGUUUCGCGACCGGUUUAAUUCUAGAAAUAUUUGCGGAGGGUGUGUAAAGAAGAAAAAAAGGAAACUUUUUUUUUUCAUGGAAAAUAACGUUUGGCUUCAGUGGUAGUUUCGUCAUCGCUCUCACCAUUUUGAGUACGCAUUAAUUGCCCUCCCCAGUCGUAUCUCACCAACACAAUGCCAGGGUGUGCGUACUGCACGCAAGCCGUUGGGAGAAUGCCGUUCUUGUUUUUCUUGACGAGCCCCCUGUACACUUUACUCUCCGCGACGUUAGAUCACUUGUGUUGUUUUUCAGCCCCCCUCCAACGUUUGUUGAGUCCAAACGCCCUCGAGCCCGGCUCCUCCCAUGUCGAUCGCCUAGCGCAGUGGUUCUUAACCUGGGGUGCACGCACCCCCUGGGGGUGCACGCACCCCCUGGGGGUGCACGCACCCCCUGGGGGUGCACGCACCCCCUGGGGGUGCACGUACCCCCUGGGGGUGCACGUACCCCCUGGGGGUGCACGCACCCCCUGGGGGUGCGAGACGUGGACAGAUUUUUGUCAGAAGGUAAAUCACCGAGAAGGCAAGUUAAGCACGGGCACGUAGGUACAACAACUUUGUUUCAUCAAACCCUGUGUGUUUAUUCACAUUGUACCUUUUUUUUACAAUUGAGAACCAAAGGAGGGUAGGGUGGGUGGGGGGUGUGCAAGGCUGCAGCAAAGGUUAAGAACCACUGGCGUCGAGGCUUCUUUGGGAGACGUUCUGCUGUGGGUGGACGGAUGGAUGGAUUUAAGCAAAACAAAAGAAGACGUGCAAGAAUGGUGUGCAAGUGUUGUGUCUGUCAUACUUACUUGUCGUACAUAGGCGCACUUGAUAAAUGCCACAAUAGUUGCAAUUAGAACACCCAGGGGCGGUUGCACUCUCAGGCGUCUUGCUGUGAGACAGCGCAUCGGUAAAAAAUAAAUUGCCGCAAAUUAAAGGAUUUCCUUCCCCCAUGCCCCCCCCCUCAAUCUCUUAGUAUCGAUGAACCGAAACAACUCACACGGUUUCCAAAUUAUCACCUCCUACCAGCUGUUAAAACAACUCGCGAGCAUUUCGUAUAGAGACCUCGUGUGUAUCAAGUAAUUCUUCACCAGUUACGACCAAAAAAAUGUAAACCCCUGGACUCGGAAGUGUCCAUUUUGAGUGUUCAGUGUCGAUCGGUAUUGAAAUGGCCCGAGCCUAAUCCUCCUCCGCUGCCAUCAUCGUUUUGCCGUUGUCCCCGAUUGAACUCCCCGUUCCCAGCGGCGACUGCACUCGGAAGUCCCCAUAGAGUGACCCAAUUAACCUCGUCUGACAAGCGGCUCUGGGUUUAACCGAGAUUUCCAGAAACUUAGCGGAGCCAAAGUCCUUGGAUGAACUCCGAUGAGCACUCGACGCGGCGCACUCCCCGGCCGACGCUUCACUGUCUAUUUUGCGCGUGCGAUUAAGAGGCUCCGCGGGCCAGACUACCCUGCGUGAGCGACGGAGCCAAGGAGACGUUGGCUCGCAGUGCCGCCCGCGCGCUCCGAUUUUGCCGCACGCCACUGCCGAGCAGCGGUGGCCAAGUUUUUCCUGCAAGUUAAUGGGGCCGCGCCGCGCAUCCUGGCUGCAGAUAUAUUAGGGAGGUGAUUUGGAUAUUGCACAACGAGGGCAUGCGUACAAUAAUGCAUACGAGAGGGGGGGGGCGGUUUUAAAUGUGGGUUGUUAAAUGUGCGUACAGGCUCUUGUUUUCACUAUCAACCUGUAUAACGGCUCUUGUCAAUCCACUGGCGAACAAAGGCAUUGAUGUUUGGCAGCAGAGGGGGCAGUGCAGAAAAUCCCCUGUUGUUGUGCUGUACUUUUUUGCUCCCACGCCUAUGCAUUAUUUGCAUGAUUAGCGCACAAAUAAUGGGAAUAUAAAAAUUAAUCUUCAACACGAUGUCAGUGCAACUCUUUUAGUACCUCAGUUCUCAACGCGUUUCCGCCUGGAGUGUAAACCUGUGUAUGUGAAUCCCUUAGGGGGGUGCGUCAUUCGUAAACGGAUGUCGUUUUUUUUUCUUUUUUCGGUUUGGGCACAAUCGACGUGGAGCGCGCAGCGCGCACGCGCUGGAACACCGCCGCGCUGCGUCGGCGUGCUGGCGGGGGGACAUCUGGUGUGCGAUGAACUCUACGGGUAUCCGCCAGCGACGUGCCCCACCUUUGCGUUGUUGUUGGAAACUUCGCAGCGGCGUAUUUUUUGUGCAGGGUGUUGGACGUGUAUGUUAUUUUUUCUUUUUGUUACCGCAGUUCCUUUGUGGUUUACGGAGAAGCUAAGACACAUCUGAGAUCUAUUUUCCGGGCACUUUUCACACCGUUAGAUUUUUAAUUAUUGUUGUUGUUGAUUUUAUUUUCUCCUUACAGUUUAUUGGAGAGUUUAUGUCUCGCCCGUGGGUUUUUCAUCACAUUGACACAAUCCGUCACGUUGAGUUGAGGUGACCUGUCGUACUUGAUAUCAUAACUUUUUUUAAGCGAAGUAUAAACUUUUCAAAAGUCCAGAAAAGGUGCGUAAGAUUCGAGAGUUCACUGCCAUUUGCUUCUGUUUAGAAAACAACAAAAGAUAUAUUUAUUUCUCUUUAAAUUAGAUGCCCCACAUUUAAGAAGGGGUUGUAGAAAUUUAGAUAUUAGACUUGAGAAUAUGAGAUUGAAAGAAGCUAUCUGUAAACUUUAGCUCUGUAUGUACUGAAAGAAUUUUGUCAAAAAUAUUUUAAAAGUAGAUUUUAUAAAGCCAAUUGGAAGACGGGGGGGGGGGGUCUCUGAACUACAAGCAGCCCGGUGUACAUAUUGUUUUGUAAUUCCAAAUAACUUGAGACGUUCUUUGACACAAGAGAGGGAGUAUGCGCUGUAUAUAGUUCUAUGUUGAUGACGAUGAUUCCGUGUUUAUCCUUGGUAGGCCCCUGAGAGAGCGGGGCAGCCGCUUUAAAGAGUGGUAGUUCCUGAGUGAAGGUGACAUGAAUGCAACUUCGGUUUUAAAUUAUUAAACGAUUUCCUUAGACCUUACUGAUGUUUGCGCCUUACAGUUUUAACAUUAUCGAUUGCCUCGAUCCUUUCGGUUAGUUUCUAACAGGCAGCCGGCUAUAUCGUCGGACAAUGCUUUCGUUUUGUUUUUCUUUCUCCGUUCGAGUCGUGGACAUGCGGCGACAUUUCCCAGCUCGGUGGGGAAAAAAGCCGUCGUGGUUGCGUAACGUCGCGGUAAGAGGCACUGCGCUUCGUCGAGAUUCAGUGGCACAGAGAGCCUACGCCGGAUACUAUGCCCCAGGGGCCCGUUUACAACCACGUGCUGGAAAUCAGCCCCGAGGGCUCGACGCAGGUCCGGGUCGAAUGCGGCUCCGAUUCUUUCGGGACCGUAACUGCCGUCGGGUUGACGGUCGGCAGACUGGGGCGCCGUGGGUGAGACCAUCUCCCUCGCCCGUCACGCAGGAGGCCGCCGUGGGUUCGAUCCCAAUAUCCCGUUGGACUCGGGGUCCCAUCGGUGCUCGCCGGUCGCACCGUGGGUAGGAGCGAGCGGGCCCCAUGCCUCAUCUUGCAUGACUAAUUGCGGACUCUAAUUGCGUUACACCGGGUUAUUUUUUUUCUUUCGAUUUUUAUUAUUGUAUUGUUUGUUUGUAUUUUUUUUUAAAGAAAGCAUUUAUAUAGUGACUUGAUAGCGUGCGCGCGCACACACACACACCUUUCUAUCAUUCGUGUCUCGAGCGUUUGCAUGUCGCAUCGUUUAUUUUGGUUAGUAAAAAAAACCUCUCGCUCCGAAGGAUAUUUGCUCAUAUUUAAAUUAACAUUUUGGCAACCGGAAGAUAAAAAAAGAAAAUAAUCUCUGUAUAAAAAAAAGCCUUUAUGUUGCAGUCGUUGUGUACAGUAUCCGUAUGCUUCCAAAUUGAAAGCAGUUUAGUGGUGAAAUCCUUUAAAGUAUGAGUUCUGUGUUGGUAACCGUUUGCCGUUUAUCAUAGAGAAGUGAAGUGCCUCCUGUUCUGUCUCCCAGCGUGCCACCGGUGUUCAAUCAAUACUUUAUAUCGGCCCUUUAUUUGACUGUAUUAGAGACACGUGCUAUGAUGUACAUUUUUCGUUUAUAUUACUCCUCAAUUUAUAACACUUUGGCUGUACGCUUAUGUGUAUACUCUAGACAGUGUUACUUGAACGGAAUAGUUCAUAAUUGUUUUCCAAUUAUGUUGUGCGGUGUUUUAUUAAUGAACACUACCAAAUAAA